AAAUUCUGAAAAGAUUAUUGGAUACCUGAAUUCCAAAGUUCUGAGCCAUGAUCUGAUUCCACCCCAUAUCAACUUCUCACAUCUGACAGCUUCUGAUUAUUCUGAGAUGUACAGUGUCAUAAAGACAGUAAAGGAAAAUCAUUUCAGUGAACUUGGGCUGGACACAUGUCAACUGGAGGAUGAGCUGGAUAAGUCAGUACAGGGCACAGGCCUUGCCUUUAUUGCCUUCACAGAGGCAAUGACCCAUUUCCCAGCCUCCCCUUUCUGGUCUGUGCUCUUCUUCCUGAUGCUCAUUAACCUGGGAUUGGGCAGCAUGAUGGGAACCAUGGAAGGCAUCAUCUCACCAAUUGUUGACACAUUUAAAAUUCGCAAAGAGUUCUUGACAAUUGGCUGCACAAUCAUCGCUUUUUCAGUUGGACUUAUAUUCGUUCAACGUUCUGGGAACUAUUUUGUCACAAUGUUCGAUGACUAUUCCGCUACAUUACCCCUCACAAUUGUGGUCAUUUUGGAAAAUAUCUCUGUUUCCUGGAUCUAUGGGACAAAAAA